CCACUGUGCUCGCGAUCUGGGGACCUUGUCAAGGUUCUGUGCUGCCGUCACACGCACGAAUUUAUGUUUUUUGGCAAUGGUUUCUGUGUGUGCACGAUGAUGAUCUGGAUUCAGUUGUAGUCGGGUAUUGCGAGUCGGGAGACCAAUUAAAAGAUGUGCUUGCUGCCACCAAUGAUUCGCGAUCAUCUGCGACGAUCACGUGCCAACACCAUUCAAUAGCGAUCGGAUGAUGAUCAAUUAGUAGGAUGUGGAGGCGCGAGAAUAUGCAGUGACAAUAAUACAUAACACCAGUGCCACAGUUGCUAUUACAGUGUGUAUGUAGUAUAUAUCAAACGUGAGAAGAAGAAAAAAAACAGAGUUUCGUUACCAAAGCAAAAAUAAUGCACGACGAUUGCGUAGUCCUGGAACCCAAAUCCAGGAAGCGGAAGUAUCGUAUUGUCGACAGGAGGAAGGGCGGCUUCAAGCCGAAACGAUGGACGGUACUCCUGUCCUACGAGCCAAUCUGCGGCGACUGUGCGAUGAGGAGAGGAGAUAUAGAAUCGCCGUUGGCCGGUUCCGGUCCCGGCGGUCACAAGCCCUCCUUCAAGAGCACGAAGUUGGCGCGACGGGCGCGCUCCUUCAAGGACGACUUCCUGGUGAAGAUCUACCAGAUGCGGAGCCCCACCAAUCAAGGGCUCAGGUCGCAGAGCCCCAAAGGAAGCAGACCGAAAGAUACGAUAGAUGGAGGAGGAGGAGUUGGUGGUGGAGGUGGCGUUUACAAGGAUAAGGGGCCUAUGCACGAGUUCGACGUUCUCUCGAAACAGAUCCAGGUCACGCUCAAGCAUCUGAAGGAUGUGGUGGCCAAGAGGAAGCUGGAGAUGUUGCCCGGCAAUGGGACGAUAGUGCUGGACACGGUGUGGGCCAUCAAUCUGGUGGUGAAGUCUUCGGUGGCUGUCGACCAGGGAAGCGUUAUUCGAUCGGCGACGCAUCGCAUGUACCAGAGCGUCGCGAGGCUGAUCAAACUGUGCGACGAUGCCCUCAUAGAUUCCAAAUCCAGUUCGCUGGAGGCGUCCAACGUCGACGAAGUCAUCGCUCUAGUCGAAGAAGCUGUCCAGAAUUUAAUUAAGCUGUCACAGGACAAGAUAUCUCAGCAGAACAAUGUGCCAUUGUACAAGACAACACCGAGAUCUUCGUAUUCGAAUGUCAACUUGGAUCUUCCGUCGCAGAGGAAUUCUUUACCGGACAUCCCGUUGACUCCCAGGGAACGCGAGAUCCUCGAGCAGACGUCUUGCACACCGGGAAAGGUGCGGAGCAGUCACAGCUCCGAAUCAAUCUUAAGAGAUUCGUCACCUCCGCCACCGAAACCACCACUUCCCGAUGGAGCUCUAUUCAAUCGGCCUGAAAAGAACGUUACGCCACCGCCGCUACCACCGAAGAAGAAACCUGCGAGGAAUCUGGACGAUUCCGAUUUGAACAUCUACGGUCUGGAGAGGAUUUCGCUGAGAUCUAAAUCGCCCGAGGAUUCCAGUUCUUUGCUGUCGGCGAGUGCAGGCAGUUUGGAUUCGGUGCUGAAUCAGUCUAGGGAGGAGGAGGAGAUUUCCGCGCUGAUGGAUCACACCGUCGACACGGACACUCUGAUCCUGGACAACGAUCUCUCCGACAUCAUCGCUCUGAAUGGGAACAGCUGGGGCGAUCUGAGCCACGGGGGGAACCAUCACGAGAACGCCACCAUAUCGAUUUUCAAUCACAGCAACGAACUGCAGACCAACUACCUUCAGCACAACCACCGUCUCUCCAACACCGAUUCCGGUAUCGUCUCGAUGCACUCGCAGAGGAACUCGAGCUGCUCGAAGCGGAGUUCGCAGCAGAGUUCUGUAAGCCAGUGGUGCGGCACCAGCGUCGUCUCGCAAACGGUGAAGACUUCCAAAGUGUCCACCAAGUCGGAGAGCAUUUUCGCAUCGUCCGCAAAUCAAAUCGUAUCUUCGUCUGCAUCGAACCAUCAUCACCACCAGCAUCGACUGAUGCUCAAGGACGAGAUGGAUCUGGGCUUGGGAGAUGAUUUACUUCCACCCGCUAUACCGCAAAAAACGAGGAGACGGCCGCACGAACGACAACCAUCGCCAUAUGAUAACGUACCUGAAAGUAGUGAGUUUUUAGUCACCUGCCAAAUGCACCAAUCGCAUCAGAGCCUCUCCAGCAGCACGAGCAUCGCCAGCAGCAUCAGCCAGGACAACAGCAAACCUCCACCAUUACCGCCAAAGAAGAAACACAUGUUCCAAUCGGUGGCUUACUCUGUCAUGGCCUACAUGGAGAUGUUCGGGAACUGUUCGCACUCGAACGAUCAAGAGUUCAUGAGGCAUUCGGUGCACAUGGUGCACGACAGCGCCGCUUCAUGGGCCCCCAGCGCCGGUCUGCCGACGACUCAAUCGUGUUCGUUCUCGCACACCUCGUCGUCUUCGUCGAGUCGUACGACCAGAACGCAGAUGCACACGCUCAGUCUGCCGCCGCAAUCCGGGGAGGAUCUCUGCAGUCCACUGAAGACUCCUCUAUCGCCGAUGAUCUGUAGCUCUCUGCCUCCGGCUCUACCGCCGAAGAGAUCGCGCUCUUCUAGGCUAUCACCGCCGUCGACGCCGCAGAGUUUGAGCUCGUUGCCUGAGCCGAAGACGCCGAGCGAACCUCUGCCCGAUUUGCUGGUGAACACGCCGAAGAUGCCCGAAGACAAAGAGGAGGAAAUAGCUGCGACCGAAAACGAAGUGGGCGCGGAGGAGGAAGAGGAGGAGCCGGAAGAAGAAGAGGAGGAUGACGAGGAAGAUGAGAUGGAUUUGAUGGAGGAGUUGGACGUGUCACGGUAUCUGGUGCACAAGAAGGAGGACGAAGAUGGACCGGAUAUUCGAGGAGGACAGAUCGACGCGCUCAUCAUACACGCGACUAGAGCAACCAAAAACGAGGAGAAAGAAAGUGGUUUUUCAUAUCAGGAGGCUUUCCUAACGACAUAUCGUACAUUCAUAAGCCCCUACGAGUUAAUCUGCAAACUUAUCAAACGCUACAACUUCUUCUACUGCCAACCGGAAAAGAAGGCGAGAUCGAGGGAAUCGUUCGCUUUGAUCGUCAGGGUGGUCAGCGAUUUAACAGCUUCGGAUUUGGAUGAUAAAUUGCAGAACAAACUGAUCGAGUUCAUCCAGCAGUUGAUCCUGGGCGGUGAGUUGACGUUGGCGAAGGCGUUACGCGUCAAACACAUCGAACGUCACGGCGUCAAGGAGAUGGCGAUGAAGCAGACGUGCGUGCAGCUGACGACAACCCUUCUAUGCCAGAACGUGACGCUGCUGGACUUCAAGUCCGAGCAAAUCGCCGAGCAGAUGACACUGCUCGAUGCGGACCUCUUCAUGAAAAUCGAAAUACCUGAGGUGCUGAUUUGGGCGCAGGAGCAGAACGAGGAGCGCAGCCCGAAUCUGACCAAAUUCACCGAACACUUCAACAAGAUGUCCUACUGGGCUCGCUCGAAGAUCCUCUUAGCAGAGGCCAAAGAUCGCGAGAAAUUCUUCCUCAAGUUCAUCAAGAUCAUGAAGCAUUUGCGCAAGAUCAACAACUUCAACUCUUAUUUGGCGCUCCUUUCGGCUUUGGAUUCGGCACCGAUUCGACGUUUGGAGUGGCAGAAGCACGUGCAGGAAGGUUUGAAGGAGUACUGCGCCCUCAUCGACAGCUCGUCCAGCUUCAGGGCGUACAGACAGGCUCUGGCAGAAACGAAUCCGCCCUGCAUACCGUACAUCGGUUUAGUCCUUCAAGAUCUGACCUUCGUCCACAUCGGCAACAGCAAUCUGCUUAGCGAGAACACCAUAAACUUUUCGAAGAGAUGGCAGCAGUUCAACAUCGUGGAGAACAUGAAGCGCUUCAAGAAAUGCCUCUCCAACAGUAGCAGCACGUACAGCUUCAAGAAGAACGAGCGGAUCAUUUCGUUCUUCGAGAACUUCGAUCAGUUCCUCUCCGAGGACAGCAUGUGGCAGAUGUCCGAGAAGAUCAAACCCAGAGGCGGUAAGAAAGCUGCCCAAUAAUAUGCAGCAGCAAACAAUAGUUUAUAUAAAAAAAUAAUUGAGUUGCUUCGUUAAGAGAGAGAGAACGUAACAUUUCGCCAAAUAAUAUUCGCGAAAUUUUGUUAGUCCACUUCGCUAGAUCUUUAAUUUAUAGUUUUUUUUUCUUCUGGAAAACUGAGCAUCAUUUUUAGUGCAAUUUUCUUUUAUGUUGUUUUUUUCCUAUUGUAAAUAAUUCCGCCGAACACAACGCAACUGUUCGUUUUUUUUUACUAUUCUUUUGUGAUUCUUGUCAAUUAACACUCUUUUUUUAAUUAAGAAAGAAAGAGAAAAUGGAUUAAUGUAAUACGCAAAAUGAGGAUGAAGAGAUGAUUAGGUAACCAAAUUGUAUUUAGGCAAAGUUAUGCUUAAUAAUUGAUGCACCACUUCUUACUACGUACACGUGUAUAUACAUAUAUAUAUAUAUUAUAACAGAAUAUAAUAUAGUCAUAGAGUGCCAUUUUUUUGGGAAGUUUGAAAGUAAAGUUAGAGAGAGAGAAAGAGAGAAAUAUAUAUAAAUAUAAAAAGAAAGAGAAAAAAGAACCACUUGAAGAGUGAACAUUGCAUAGAGUCGUUUUCUUGGGUAGACUGCACGAUUGGAAUCAUUCACUUAUUAUAAGUCAAUAGAUAAGUUCUUGAUUUUUCUUUUCCUUCUCUUCUAAUAAAUAUCCGAGGAGGCCAUUCUUCUACGAAUGGAAACAAUGAACUGAAUUGCAACGAAACGCAAUUUUACAUUUUUUGUUUGUUUGCGUCUUCUCUUUAUUUAAUUUUCAUUUUAAAUCAAACUGGACCAUUAUUUCGUUUUCUUUUCGCAUCUUUUUGCCUCCGGGACGAAAGGAAACUUGACUGACUGAAGUAUUUUGUAUGUUUCAUUUUUCUUAGUUUGUUUGGCUUUGAUUUUUUUAAAUUUUGGAUUCGUUUUUAGUCGAGUUUAAAAUAAACGAUAAUCAUUGUUGAUAUAAAAAUUGAAUCAUCGAAGUGGGAUUGUGGGCGUGUCGAAUGACAUGUGGGAGUGGUUUAACAUGUUUGUUGAACAAUCGAAAUUAGGAAAUUUUAACGCUGCAAACCGUAUUCGUUUUGCUUCUUCUGGAAGAAAGAAAAAAAAAAGAGAUAAAUUAUUAUUAUUAUUAUAAAUUAAUUGUGGAGGGAAAAGAGUGAGAGAGAUGUGGAUUGUGUGAGUGUGUACAAUGUUUUGGAGAAGGCCUAACUAAAUUUAUAAGCUAAAUCAAAUGAAUAUGUUAAGAGAACAAAACAAGAAAUGGUGUGUGGUA